UAUUAAAAUGUUAUCUAUAAGAAUCGUUUCUAUGAUAUUCUUGAUAUCGUUGGCAUUCAAUUGUUCAAAUACACUGGAAACGAUUAAAAACGUCGCACGUUCGGAAAGAGACACUGGACAAGGUUCUUCUUCAUCCCUUCAACAAAUGACCGACGACUUCUCGUCACUUGCGCGGCUCUUGAAUGGCAUACUACUUCAACAAUUGCUCACCGAUGGCUCUCUUGUUGCCACUGAAACGAUCGCCGAUCUUUUUAAUAUUCCGAAUGGAAAGGCUAUUGAACGAGUGAUUGCAACCGAUGUUCAUGUCAAGAGUACAUCCAAACUCGUUUCCUUCACAGUUGAUCACGUAAGCAAGCUUGCGGAGAAUGCAAUUAACGCUUCAGUGACUAGAGAUCAGUUUGAGACACUUUCCUCAAUAAUUCAGCGUUUCAAUAAUCUUGCUAAUGUCACUGAUAACUCGUUGCUUCUUAUAGAAAUGUUACCAAAGGAUUUAAAUUUGAAGGCAACAACUUUUCAGCCAAUGUUUCGUGUUUUGACGUCAAUUAAAGAGACGUUGAGCACUACUCCUUCGAAAACUGUAUCUGACUCUCUGAAAGAGUUUCAGUCACUCUACGAUACUUUUCAUUCACAACUUUUCAAUAUGUUUGAUUUGGACAGAGUUGCAGUUGACGUAUUGAAGUUGAAAGAUAUUAUUAAGAAAAAUUCUGCGUAUGCUGAGAUGACUGCCCAACUCUCAAGUACUCGUCAAAUCAUUCAUUCUUUGGUAUCGAGAAGAGAAACGGCAACGUUGAAUUACGUCGGAUUUCCAAAAGGAAUUGAGGAUCUUGCUCAGAUCAAAGAUGACCUCAGUGGAACAUGGUUGAAAGAAAAGCUUGCGAGUCAGAAGAGUAUGAGUGAACUCUCCAAACAUUUGGAACUUAUACAUCAGCUUCCUAACGAACUUAAAAAUUUGAGCUCAAGUUGGGACGAUAUGAGGAAUGCUUCCACAACACGUAUGCCAUUAACUGAUGCUUUGAUCUUUCAACUCGGGAAUUUUUGUGAUUUAAAUAAACAUUUGGCAGGGAUUUCCGACAUAGAGAAAAGGACAAAAUCUAUCAACGAUAUUGUUAAUGAAUUGAAGGACAUUCCAGAUGAUGAUGCUCUCAAAGAUUUCGAUAAGUUCUAUGAGUUGAAAAAAUCUUUCGAGGAUAUUAGCGAUCGAGUUGAAAGUCUGAAAGGUUUUUUGGCUGAACUUGAAUGCUAUAACAUAACACGGGACGAUUUGAAAGCUAUAGUAGUUUCAAUUAAUAACGCUGCUGGAAACGCUGUGGAUAAUUUAAACGACACGCAGAUCUUGGAUAGAGUGAGGAAGAUACGAAAAACCGUGGGUUUUAUAGAACUGUGGAAUAUUACUCAUUUUUUUGCGACAAAGUUGCCAACUGAUUUGGAAGAUAAGGUGAAUGAAAUUGUUGGUAAAACAAUCCAAAAGGAGUCUUUGGACCAUUUUCAAAAAAGUUUGAAAAACUCUGGACUGGAAACUGUCUCAAAAAAAUUUGCCAACGUCGGCUAUAACGGAUCUUCGAUUGUUGUCAAUUUACUUGAAUUUAUCAACAAAGCUCGGAAAAUUGACACCGGCGCUUUACAAGAAAUCCCAGGAAUUCUAAGAUUGCUCGAGAAACUGAAAAAUGAUUUUGUAGCUGCAGUUGAGCAGGUGAACACCAAGAAAACACAAAAAGCAAAGCAACGACGAGCUGCACAAAACAACUUGUCAGUUUCUCCAAUUUCACGAUCAUUGGUUCUUGAUUUUGCAAACGGUGUCAUUGUUCUGAGGAAGAUGUCUGAAGUCUAUGAGAAGAGUGAAAUCGUGUCAGCAGCGGCAAGUUCGGCAGACGAUGUGAACAAUUUGAUAAGUGGUGUGCCUGUUUAUAAAAGUUCGUGGACAAAAGUGAAUCGGGAUGGAAUGAUAAAGUUGGUGGAUGAUUUGAAAAAGCUGGAAAAGUAUGCAAAAGAUCAAAGAAAUGAUAAGCAUCUCAAGGACGUUGGGGAAUUGUUCAAGAAGAUUUUCGAGAUCAAAGGAGUUCCGAUUGACGCGUCGGACUUUGCCAAAUAUGAUGUAGCAAUUGUGAAAGCUUACAAUUCAUUGCCUCAAAUCCUACAGUAUUUCCAAGAGAUGUUCCCGGUUAGAAAUCAGAAACUAAACAAACCAUCGCAUCCAAUGCAAACCAAUGCAUCAAAUUUGGUUUCCAAUCACGACGAUGGAGAUGAGGGACAAUCGGGAGGACUGGUCUAUAUAAUUAUUGCCGUUUCAAUAUUCCUACUUGUUCCUGUGAUAAUUUUCUUCGUUUUGCACUUUCUACUCAAACGCUUCACUCGAAAACUUGACUAUUUGACCCAGCUCAAUGAUCCGGAGACGUGGGUUCUGCUCUCAUUUACUCCUGAAAACAUUCCUCAAGAGUUUCAAGAACCGGGUUAUGCCAUUCCGGCGUUCAAGCAUCUUCACAAUGACAACAUUGACGAGUUCAAGAAAAGUCUAGCUGCUGGUGCAUAUGUCGAUGCUAAAGUUCAAAGCUCUAAAUCUUCCAACACAUUGCUACACGAAAGCGUCUCACUUGGACAGGGCGAGUACGUAAAACAGCUUCUCAAGUAUGGUGCAAGCUGUGAUGUUCUCAAUCAUGAUCAAGAGACACCGCUGGAGUUGGCUGAAAAACUUGGCCAUCAGAAUUGUAUUAAAGUGCUCAAGAUGUUUGAAGGCAAGACAUUUGAUAUUGUUCUACCUCAGCAACUGAAUCAGGGCGAUUACAAUAUCAGAGUUGAGCAGCAUCUUCGCGAGGAAAGUGGGCAUUAUGAUGGGUUUUGUAAGAAGUACUUGUAUUUGAUGGAUGAUUGGGAACGCCCGUUCUCUCAUUUCGUGGUCAAAACUGAUUCGGAAGGUGUUUGGAACAUUGUUGAAAAUGAAGUCCAUAUUGUGUUCUGUGCCGCAAUGGUUAUGAGUGAGAGUUGGUUGAAAGCAUGUGUCAGCAGUUCAUCAAAUAUCGCUGGAAACAAGAAGUAUCGUGUGACAAGAAUGACGUUCCAGGGAAAAGAAUAUGGCACCUUGCUUCAAAUCAAAGACUUUUUCAAUCGAAUGAAUGUUCCAUACCUGUUUGGUACGAAUGUUACGUUGUAUAAUUCGAAUUUCAAUUGUUCAAAAUGGGAUCAAUUCCAGCAUGUUCUAACUGAAUUGGGAGUUUCACCGGAGCAUUUGUUUGAUGGCAAAUGGAAUUGGGUCAGGGGACCAAGUUAUCAUCGCAAGGACUACCCGAAAAACUUUUUUGUUCACUUUGAGGCCGACUACUUGAAAACUGAAUGGGACUACAAGAAUUCAAUGUUUGAAGAAAUGCACAAUGAGAUUCUGAGCACCGACGAGUUGAUUCAUUUCUUGUUGGCUUUUGAAAUCAAUUCCGAGAAGGUUUUGGAAACGAAUGCGAAGAAUAAAAAAUUGAAUGGGCUACACAAAGCGGAGGCGAGUUCUGUGGUGAAAAGUGAGAAAGAGAAGAAGAAAAACAAGAGGAAUACGGCGGAUAACACUACAACUACGGGAGCUACGGGAACCACGGUGACAACUGGGACAGAGUCAAGUACCUUGCUUGGAAAUGAAAAUGAAACCUCGUAAAUUAUGGACACUAGAUUAUAAAGAACGUUCUGAAUAAAGUUUGUGAGGAA